AUGUUGUUUAUAGGAGAACAACGAUGUGGUGAUGUUGAGUUUAUUGGUUCGCUGAUGACUCAAGCAACGGCUUUAGAAGAAAGGUCAAGAAACUUCUCUUCGAUAAUAACUGGUUUGUGCAUAAAAACGAACUGUUCCCUUAGUUCUUACGACCAGCGACUUCAUGUUUUAACCGUUGAGUUGGUCAGUAACUUAAGUAGAUAA